UUUGCUGACGUGUGCAAGCAAUUCGCAAAGCUGGAGUGUGUACCACGUGGACAAAAUGGCCGAGCACAUACUUCAUCCGGUAAUUUUAAAAAAACUUGCUCGCCAGUGGCUGAACGAGGAUACAAGCAGUUUCGACUUUGCUGGUGCUGCAGUGGGCGAACACGCUACGACAACAGAAAUAUUAUGCAAGAGUGCAGGUAUUAUAGCAGGUAUUCCAUUUGCCAACGCAGUUUUUAAAGAAUUAAACUGUAAUGUUGAAUGGUUUGUCAGCGAAGGUAGCUUUCUUGAAGGUUCCUCUAAAGUUGCGUCGGUGAGUGGAAAGUCACGUCACGUGCUUUUAGCGGAGCGUCCUGUGCUAAAUUGCCUAGCUCGAUGUAGUGGAAUUGCUACUAUUACCAACACCCAAAGGAAAAUACUAGACAACAAAAAAUGGAACGGCUUCUUAGCCUGUACACGUAAGACAACUCCAGGAUUUCGAUUGCCAGAAAAAUAUGCAGUCUUGAUUGGUGGAGCAUGUAACCAUCGUUUCGACCUAUCGCAAGAGAUUAUGUUGAAAGACAAUCAUAUAAAAAUUGCCGGGUCUGUUAAAGCGGCUGUGGAGAGAGUACGGAAGUUAAGUGGAUUUGUACUGAAGAUAGAGGUAGAAUGUGCAACUUUAGAAGAGGCGAGAGAGGCUGCUCAAGCCGGCUGUGAUAUUGUGAUGCUGGACAACUGUAAGCCUCCAGAACUUCAUGAAGUUGCCAAACAGUUGAAGAUAGAAUACCCUACUAUCCUCAUUGAAGGAAGUGGUGGAGUGAAUGAAGACAAUAUAGCGGAUUAUGCUGGACCACACAUUGAUAUCAUUUCAACUAGUUCAACUGUUCAGGGCUACAGAACUUUAGAUUUUUCUAUGAAUGUGUGCUGUUAAACUAGAUAAUGUCUAAAAAAUUUCAGGUGUUUUGAACGAUGUAAUGUUUUGAGUUAUGAAAUUAUGAGUAAAUAUGUAACCAUUACAACUUAUCUAGUGUGUGUAAAUUUACAACAAAAAAAUAAAAUUUAUGAUUUC